AUGGCCGACUGGGCGGGGCUCCACGAGGACCUGCUCGACCUCGUCGUCGUGCGCCUCUCGUCGCUCGACCUCCUCCGCUUCCGCGCGCUCGCCGUCUCUCUCUGGCGCACCGCCGCCCACCGCCUUCACCGCCCGCCGCGGCUGCCGCACCCGACCGCCCAGCUGCUCCUCCCCACGGAUGUCGGCGCCGACCUCGGCCUCGACCGCGCCGCCUAA